CAUGGCAAGUAUAACAAUACAUCAACCAACAACUCAUUCAAUGCUCUUUGUUGAUGAAGAUAAGUCUAAAUUCAUGAUGCCAGCAUCUAUAUCUCUUAAACCUACUAGUGACGCUUCGAUACAUCUAUCUUUUCAAUAUUCAAAGAAUUGCCAACACGAAUUUAUUUUAAACCCUUACAAUAAUGAAUUCAUAAACAAACAACUUAAUUUCUCGAAAAAACCGGCCAACCGAUUCAUCUUAUUUAGAAGUUGUUUUUCAAACGCAGCAUCAAAAAGAUUGCAUUGUACCGAGCAAUUGUGCCCUUUAUCUGCUUUAUCUAAAAAGGAUCAUUUACAUUUUAUAUCACUACUCAGUUCGCAUAUAUAUAAACAAUAUAAAAGCGUUCUCUUUAAUGUUUUUGCUCCAUUAUACGAAAAUUUAAAACGUUCUAAACAAAACAAUACCGAGACUUAUUAUUGUCCAUCGCACACGAAAAAUCCCAUGCAUAUUGAUACAUAUUCAUGUGCAUGGAGUAUGGUGCCAAUUUUAGGCGCAUAUACGUAUUCUGCGCAACCAGUUUACUUGAAUCAUUAUCAAAUCGACGUAGCCCCACAAACGGUGAAUUUCUCAAUUCAGCAGUGA